AUCCUCUGCAACCCUCACGCCGCGAGAACGCUUUUCUCUGUCAACCUCCGUCACUCCUUUGAUCGCUCCACAUCGCGCGCGCGCUCACAGCCAUGCCGCGACAAGACGCCAUCCCUAAUGGCAUCACCCCGCCGCCCGUCAAGACCUCCCGGCUGCCUCGCGCCCUGCGCUUCCCCCUCCUGGCCAUCAUCAGCCUGUCGCUGAGCAUCUUCUCCUACUCGGCUGCCUACGAGCUGCUGGGCUAUCGCCUCGGGAGCGUCAGCCGCACCCUGAACGACUCGUGGGGCCCAGUGGCCUUCCUCAGUGCUCGCGUGGCCGAGCUCUACGUUGGCUGGCACAUGCGCUACGAUGACCUCGACACCUUCAGCCUAAGCCUCCUCACGCAAGCCCCAAGCCUCUACCUCCUGCACACCUUCUACCUCGUCCCGCUCCCCACGCUCCUCGUGCGCCUGGGCGUCGACUCGCUCUCCGUCGUGCUGCCCACCAAGCUCCUGCGCCCGCGCUCCGCGCUGCACAACCGCCGCGCGCCCAAAACCGCCGUGCCCAACCGCGACAUCAUCCACUCGCCAACGGCCGUCUUCACCACCGCCUUCCUCGGCGCCACCGCCUACGCCUUCACCCUCUACGCCGCCCUCCAAUCCGGCCUGACCACCUUCCUCGUCUCGCACUUCACCGUCGCCACCCUCGAGCCCGCGCACGCCGCCACGCUGCAGCUGCUCAUCGCCACCAUGCUGCCCGUCGGCUGGGCCGCGCAGUCGUUCCUGUUCACGCCGUCGUUUGGCGCGCAGCCGAGCGCGGGCGACGCGGCGGAUGCCGCCUUCAACCCCGCCACCGCUACCCUCGCGCAAACGGUCCGGCACAAUGUCUGGGGGUGGAGCAAGCGCACGAAGGUGCUGGUCCAGCAGACGGCGGUGCUGGCGGCGCUGACGGGGUCGCACACGACGCGCAUGGCGUGGGCGAACGAGGGGACGGAUCUGGUGGGCGCGGCGGGGUAUGCGGGCGUGUGGGUGCUGGCGGGACUGCUGGCGGGGGGUUUGUUUGGGUGGGUGGGGGAUGUCGGGGAGACGAAGGCUGUUAAGGUUGAGGAAGUCGAGGAGAUCUAG